GAUAUAUAACCUAUGUCCUGUAGUUCAGUAAUUUUUUGGCUAAUGUUGCAAUCGCUAUAAUAUCCUAAUGCUUAAUUUAUAAGUAGGUACUUAUACUGUCUGUGCUGCAAUGACUGCUAGUUUAGCUCAUGCCAGUUGGCCUGUGUAUCAUAAAAAUGACGUGGCCAGCAUCAUACACCACAUGAAUGAGGAAGGAUUUGAUCGAUGUUUGUCAACAGAACUGGAGGAGAACCUGCCUCCCAACAUCUUUUUUAUAGCAUGCUUCCCACCUCAAAUCCACAAGAAAAAGGCCAAUGUAAACCUCUUGCGACUAAGUCUGAGAGAUGUUCCAGCGGAUCUUGAAGACCAAGAGCAGUCCCUGGGCCCUGAAAUAUUGCUGGAUGUGACGGGUGUGGCAGGAUCCCAACUACUGUCCGUGCCUGAAGGGCAGCAGGGAAUAAAUCAAUCUCCAGCCACCUUGGGUUCAUGUUCAGUUUUUUUGUGCCUGACCCACUUCAAGGCUAAAAAAUUCAACAGCUACAAGUUCCUUGAAAAUCGACUUUGUCUGAAACUGGCUUGUGACGCUACCAAUAUUCAUGCGUUCCUCAUCAUGCCUCCACUAGCUGCAUCAAAUAUCCAGAGACCAAAGAUUUCUUCUAAUUCUCAUGUAAAUAACGGAGAUAAUGGUCCUGCAAUUGCACCAACUGGAAAGGUGCCAAAUGAACCAAAUCAGCCCCAACCUUGUGGUUCAAGAAUUAAAGACCAAAACUCUAAUGUUAAUAAUCGAAGUCUUAGCUCAAGGGAUUUUAUGUCAGUUCCAAAGGGCAAGAAAGUACAUUUUAAAACUCUUAGGCCUUGUGCCAAUAUUACGGCCGCAACUUCUCCUGCCCGAGAUCAGACCCCAGCAUUGAUGACUUCUACCCGAGAUCAGGCCCCAACGUUGAUGANCGUUGAUGACUUCUACUGCCCGAGUUCAGACCCCAGCGUUGCUGACUUCUCCUGCCCGAGUUCAGGCCCCAGCGUUGAUGACUUCUCCUGCCCGAGUUCAGGCCCCAGCAUUGCUGACUUCUGCCCGAGUUCAGGCCCCAGCGUUGAUGACUUCUCCUACCCGAGUUCAGGCCCCAGCGUUGAUGACAUCUCCUGCCCGAGUUCAGGCCCCAGCGUUGAUGACUUCUCCUGCCCAAGUUCAGGCCCCAGCAUUUAUGGCUUCAUCAACAGCUCCUUCUGUUCGGCCCCAGGCCACUUCAUCGAUGGCUUCUACAUCACGGUCCAAAGCCACAGUGCGACCUGCUAG